AUGGCAGAAGAGCCAUCUCUUCCCUGCCUCCCUGCGGUGUCGUGGGUUGAGAGCUCGCAAAGUUUCAGCAACAACCCCCGAAAGCGUGUCCGCCACCCGCGCUCGGGAGGUCUUUACAACUCCAGCGACCCGGCUGUUUUCUCUAGUGACGACGACCCUGGCCUAGACAACUACGUGGAAGGCCGGAAGAAGAAGCGUUAUGUGGGUUCGUGGUUUCAGCAACAGCCCACGUCGUCCGACUCGACCUUUGGUGAGCGUAUGACUGCACCGAAGCCGAAGCGCAAGUUGGCCCGCCAGUUUGACAGCGGUAUCUACUUGGGAAGCGAUGGAACUGAGGGGGAUGACUUGGCCUCCGAAAUCUUGGAGAUGCCUCUGCGAUGCAAGCUACCGCAGCUGCAUGAGCAACCGCAGCGGCGGACGACUCGUGCUGUUUCUAAAGCGGAGCUGCUGGCCAGGGAAAAGAUUCGGUCUUGUCUUGAGCAAGGAGAUGAGACAAUUGAUCUCUGGUCUAUGGGAUUGGAGGAGAUCACCAAAGAGACUUUGGGCCCCCUGGAGAAUUUUUCGUGCAUUCCAGUGGUAGCCAAGGAUGUUGCCUUUGAGCAGAAGGAUCCGGAACUGAAGAUAUAUUUGACCAUGAACCGGCUAGGGCGCGUUUCGGGAACCUUGUUCGAUCUCGAGUACCUCACGAUCCUGAGCUUGAGAGGCAAUAAGCUGACGGAGAUUCCGCCGGCGAUAGCAAAGCUGUCAAAUUUAAAACAGCUCAAUCUUUCACAGAACCGGCUUCGCUCCCUUCCAAUAGAGCUUCUAGACCUCUUCGGCAAGAACUUGGGAGACGUGGUCCUGCAUCCGAACCCAUUCUUUGAACCCGAGAGGCAGCUAUGUAUUGAGGGAGACGAUGGCUCUGAACACCUGGAACAGCCCCUGCUAACCCGGCAUCUUGGCCGAUCACCUCUGCAGAUGGCAGACUCAAUGGGACGGAUCCUAUCGGAGUUCAAGUUUCCGUCUUACCAAGAAUCGAAUAAACUGUCCGUGGCGUCUGGAAACCAUCCGGACAAGGACACCAACAGCAAGGCAAGCCGUGUGGCGUCGUUGAUGGAGAUUGCACUCCGCAGCUGCUACUCCACCUCGCAGCUAUCCGAACUGCAGCGCUUCAUCCCCGAGGGCCUAUCGCAUCUCCGCGAGCUCCUGGAAAGAGCAGCGAGGCAGAAGGACAUGGGCGGUAUGACGUGCUCUCAGUGUCGGAGACUGAUCAUCGUGCCGUCUCUCGAAUGGGUCGAGUGGCGUGAUAUCAGGACAAGGGAAGUCAGCGGGGAUACGGUGUCGGUGCGGCCUCUGAGUUUGGGGGAAGAUGAGCAGGCGGUUCCGUUUCUGCAUAGAGCUUGCUCCUGGACGUGCGGGCCUGACGCUUGA